CCUGCUUGGAUGCGGAGUGGUUGCAUGGCAGUCGGUUGGUGUACCACAUUGAACCUAUAGGCAAAUACAAUAUCUAGCAUAUCCAUUUUUUAUGUUCGUUGGCAUUCAUCGGUUCGCCAUCAUUCAGGACUACACUUGCGAUUCCCCCAGUGAUUCAUGAAAUGACAGUUGCUUGCUAGUGCACUCCGACUGUGAUCCCAACACCGCGAGCAUCCCUCCUGCCUUGUAGGCUUAUUAUCAUAAAGGAUCCCCGUAAAAGAAAAAACGUUUUUUAUUGCCCGGCUGUUACGAUGGAUGACGACAAUCAGGUUCCCGAGGACCUGUCGCUGGAGGAGAGAGAUGAGCUUUCAAACAUCAGGCGCAGGAAACGGGAACUGCUCGAUGACAUUGAAAGGUUGAAGUUCGAGAUAGCAGAAGUCAUGACGGAAAUUGAGCAGCUCACAUGUGUCGGAGAGAGCAAAACAACACAAAGAAACAAACAGAUUGCCAUGGGGAGGAAGAAAUUCAACAUGGAUCCCAAAAAGGGGAUCCAGUUCCUCCUGGAGAACGACCUCCUGCAGCACACCCCAGAAGACGUCUCCCAGUUCCUCUACAAGGGAGAGGGCCUCAACAAGACGGUGAUCGGGGACUACCUCGGGGAGAGGGAUGACUUCAACCUCCAGGUGCUCCAGGCGUUUGUGGAGCUGCAUGAGUUUGCCGAUCUCAACCUGGUCCAGGCACUGCGUCAGUUCCUGUGGAGCUUUCGUCUGCCCGGCGAGGCCCAGAAGAUCGACCGGAUGAUGGAGGCGUUCGCCUCUCGCUAUUGCCAGUGUAACCCGGGGGUCUUCCAGUCCACAGACACCUGCUACGUGUUAUCCUUCGCCAUCAUCAUGCUGAACACCAGCCUCCACAACCCCAACGUGCGCGACAAGCCCGCCGUCGAGCGCUUCAUCUCCAUGAACAGAGGCAUCAACGAGGGGGGGGACCUGCCAGAGGAGCUGCUCCGGAAUCUAUACGACAGCAUCAAGAAUGAGCCAUUCAAAAUCCCAGAGGAUGAUGGGAACGAUUUGACGCACACAUUCUUCAACCCUGACAGAGAAGGAUGGCUCUUGAAGCUAGGCGGGAGGGUGAAGACGUGGAAGAGGAGAUGGUUCAUCCUCACCGAUAACUGUCUCUAUUACUUUGAGUACACAACGGACAAGGAACCUCGGGGCAUCAUUCCCCUGGAGAACCUGAGCAUCAGAGAGGUGGACGAGCCCAGGAAACCUAACUGCUUUGAGCUGUACAACCCCAACCACAAGGGUCAGGUGAUCAAGGCCUGCAAGACAGAGGCCGACGGCCGCGUCGUCGAGGGCAACCACGUGGUGUACAGGAUAUCAGCACCAACACCGGAGGAGAAGGAGGAGUGGAUCAAAUCCAUCAAAGCAAGCAUCAGCAGGGACCCCUUCUACGACAUGCUUGCGACCAGGAAGAGGAGGAUAGCCAAUAAGAAAUGAGGGCCGAGGCAGAUCCACCCCAGUGUCCCCAUAUUUCAUGGUGGUCACCAGACACCCACUGCGAACCCCGAGGUUCGAUGUUGAACUGACUAAUAGAGAGUUCGGCUGGAGGGAGCCGGGUGAGGUGAUGAUGCACAUUGAGACAAUAGGGGGUUCAGAGACCUACGGGGAAGACCGUGCACCUCACCCAGCUCUGGUCUCCAUCAGACGCAUCAUGUGUAUGGUUACACAUGGAAUCAGGGCAGAAGUAACUCAUGCUCCCCUUUGGGCUGGACUCAGAUGUUGUACAAUCAAUUGUGGACCCAAGAUGUUUGCCAGACUGAACGGAAAUAAGAAGACUGACUGAUUCAUUGAAAUAAAAUACGCCCCGAACACACAUGCAUGGCUGGAGUCAUUGACGAGGUCAAUUUGUUUUUGGGUGAUUCUUAUCCAAGCCGUUGCUGACAUCUAGUGGCUGAAAAGGGGAAUCUAACAGACCAUAUCCUGGUCUCACCCACUAUUACAAACACAAACUCACACAUGCCCCUUUCACACCGCCGCAAAAUCGGGGCCGGUUCCGGGCCAGUUCGGAGCUAGGGCCAGGGCUUUGGUUUCACACCGCCAAAGAACCGGCUCCGGCCCCUAAAAACCGGUUCAACUCUGGCCCCACUUUAGAGCUGGGCUAGAACUAGAACCGCUUUUACGCCGGGGGCAGGGGGCGGAGUUAUCCGAACCUUCAUAAACAGGAAGACCAACGAAGACCGGCAUUUUUUAAAACACCGAAGUAAACAAUGGACGUGAAUCCGUGUAUGGUUCUUUUUUGUUUUUUCUGAUUUUGUUUUAAAUCGGAAUAUUCAAAGAACGAACCAUACACGGAUUGAAUCGAAGACGAAAUUGUUGUUGUUGUGUUUGAAACUGGCGCGAGGGUUCUUCUGCGCGCCUAACCUGACGCUUGAUCAUUGUAGUGGUGGUUCAACGCGUCAACGCGCCAACGCAGCUAGAUGAGUCCGUGUCCAUGCAAGUGAACGGAGCGUUCCCUCUUCGUCAUAACUAUCAAACCAAACAUCCUUCACAUUCACCGAGCGAACAUUAUGAAAGUAAAAUGCACAUUUCUCGCUAAAAAUGUUUCCAUAAACGCAUUUAAUGGCGUAACUAUGUUACUAUUUCCACCCAGAAUAAAGAAAGAUGUCGGCCGUAUGCUUCUGUCCAAGCUCACUAGCGGAGACGUUUGUAGUGACGUCAUGACGUUGCUCACGCCGGCUCUAUGGCUGGCUCUGGCCGGUGUGAAACCAACCGGUUCUUAACUGGGGUAAGGCUGGAACCAGUUUGGAACUGGCCCUAGCACCAGCCCGGAACUGGCUCUCGGUUCUUUUUGGUGUGAAAGCGGCAACAGAGAUUGGAUUGGAUUGAAUGGGCAGACACCGUUGACAUCAUACCUGAUUUUCACACAACCUCCACUUUAAAAUCUAGCUUUGGUUGUAUUUGCUUUGUCCUAUCUCAUGCUUGAUAUAAAGACGGAAGGGCGGAUACAAAGCUUAGAUUUCAUCAUGCCAUACAAAAGGCAGCAGCUGUUUACAACUAAAUAUGGAUUUAUUUUGGACAAAACUUUGUAUUGUUAAGAUGUCUCAACCUUAUCUGAAUCAGCUGGUCUGAUUGCUAGCCUCUACAGUAACUUUGUAUGCCAAAUGUGACAAUAUUAAAUACAUAACUAAAUCAUAAACGUGAAAUAAAGACAUAGAGCCAUAAUUAAGUAAAGGGUGAAAUAGAUACUUCAAUAAAUGCAACCCAUGUAAUUUUCUAUAACUACUUGUUUUCAUAUUUUUUUGUGUAUUUAUUCAUUUCUAUGUGUAUUUAAUGUGUUUCAAUAUUGAAUUACUUAAUUCACGAUUAAUUUCAUCUCAUGCCUCAUCUUUCAACAUCCCCAUCAAUGGGGUCAAUGAUAUACCUACAUUAAUAUGUAAAUACAAAUAAUUUCAGUACAGUGAGCUCCAUCACCAGCAAUACAUAAGCUGUGAUUGUUUGAUUUGAACAGCAUUUAUUGUUUUCAUGUAACCAGCACAGUAUAGGUUCAGUAAAUUAUAUUCUCAGUGCAUAAUGUUAUAAAGCUGUACACACACACACACACACACACACACACACACACACACACACACACACACGCACGCACGCACGCAAACACACAAAAACACACGCAUGAAGUGGUCAUUUAUCCUAUUACAACUCAUGACUCAAAGGCUGGCUGGCAUGAAAGAUAUAAGCUAUCCCCCAGCCCCAUGUUUUUUAAUACUUGGAAAUGUACGACUUAUGGCAUACAUUAACAUUCAAAACUGUUUACAUUCAUCCAUAGGUUGUAUCAUGAUAUUAUACAACUUUAAUACUGAUGUUGUCGUAAUAAUAUUACCCAAAUUAAUUUUUUACUUUUCAAUUACUUUUUGUAAUUGUUUAUUAAUGACCAAGCUUUACAUAAUAAUUUGUAUCUUUGUUUUAGUGCAUCGUCCAUGUUUUCUGUAUAGAGAUGAAUAAAGGUUACUGUUUUGUUAACACCACUAACUAUCUGAAUGGCUUCAUGGGAAUUGUUGAAAAUGAUUCACCAGUGAUGGGGGAAAAGAUGAAGCUUUGAAGGAAAGAGGUGUGUGUGUGUGUGUGUGUGUGUGUGUGUGUGUGUGUGUGUGUGUGUGUGUGUG